UGUAAACAAGGGUUUCAAUAAAAGUGGAGGCCUGCCUUGCCCGCAUUCAGUUGUUACUAGUGUUUUAUCGCGGCUGAACUUAUUGUUUAUAAUAAUACAUAUACAUAUAUAUUCGGGAACGUUGCUGCAAUGUUAACCGAAACUUGUGUUGAUUAUCACGACAAGAGGUCGAACAUGAAUAAGUUGUGUCGUCAAGUAUCCAUAGAGUCCCCCGGACCAUCCAUCAAAGACUGCGUCUUCAGCUUCGAAGUACCAGUCCCCGAUGUGCCGGCCAAGGGGGCCCGCAUCCGCGUCGUCUGCGCCGGAGCCUGCUACCGCAUGAGGAACAGGUCCCCAUCCACGUCCAGCGUCUCGUCCGUGUCCAGCACCAUGUCCGUCGAGGACUCCGGCUACAGCCCGGCCUUCUACGGCGUCCGAGAUGGUGCCCUGUUCCCCGGCUACGAGGUCUCCGGAGUCAUCGACGAACUGGGCUCCGACGUCGUCCAGACCGACGAACUAAAGGUCGGCUCCAGAGUCGUCUUGUACCCGUACGACGGUAUACCCCACGGCUACGCUGAGUACAUCGUCGUUCCGGAGAUGUCCUACUUGGUACCCAUCCCCGACAGUCUGCCGUUGGGCGUCGCCGCCAUGUUGCCCACAGGUGCUCUAUUGGCCAAGAACGCGGUCGUCACAGCUCACCGUCACGUCACCGAACUGCUUAAGGAUCGCGCCUCCGAUCACAUCGUGAGGAUCUUGAUCGUCGGCACCGGUGGCCUGGCAUUGUGGGCCCUGAGGAUCGCCGAGCACCAUUUCCAAACUCCCGAAUACAAAAACCGAGUCAAUAUCACAGUUGCUACCUUAAAGGACGAGUGGUUCUUGCUUGUUGGAUCUGAGUUGAAGACCGUCAACUUCGUACAAUGGAACGAGGACGUUUACGAGAAGCAGCUCAUUGAAAGAACCAAGGACGCGUGCAAUGGCUUGGUCGACAUUGUCAUCGACUUUGGCACCACCUCAAGAUCUCUUCAUCGAUCUCUUCAAUGCCUCAACACUGGAGGAGUGGUGUUAGUGAGCGAAGACGUGGCCGAACGUCUCUUGCCCAAGUUCUCGAGACGUAGCCAGGAGAGAAAUCAAAAAAUUGAACCCGUAGCUACUGGUUCCAUCGAACAGUUGAAGCAGCUCGUCAAGUACGUGGCUUCUGGAGAGAUCAUCCCUCCGCCUCACACAGAAUUCUCACCUGACGAAGCACCGGCAGUAAUCCAGAAGUUGUGCAUGUCUGAAAUACCCGGCAGGGCCAUUCUGCGUUUUCAUGAUAUUCAGUAGUUUUUUUUUUAUCGUAGUCAUAAAACAUAUAUCUGUAUGUCCUGAAAUGGAUUUAUUAUGCUCUCCAUUUUGUAUUGAUGAUCUUUUUUUUCACCAAAUGAUUUCUUUGUGAUUUUUGUAUUAUUAGAGGUUAAGUUGAACUACUGUUAUUUUUAGGUAUUCAAUGUAUCUAAAUGUGUAUGAAUGUAUGUCCAAAUGAAUAAGGACAAUUACACAGUAUUGUGAUAAGCUUUAUUUACAGUUUUAAAUAAUAUAGAUUUAGUUCAUUCUUUGUAUAUUUAUAUUCUUGAUUUUAUGUAAAUACAAAUAUAAAGCAUGUUAUAUGUUAUCAAAA